UAGGUAUCGAUAGACCCAUAACUGGUCACACCAAUCCUACCCAACCUCGCCGCCUGCUCUUUACAUUGUUUAAUUUUGAUUUUAAUGGUUAAAUCCAACAGGUAGCUGGAGAUCCUUCUGCAAUGAGUGAAACCCCUGCCGGAGACAGCGAGAAACGUCCACAGUUCGGCACCCGGCUGCUCACCAACACCGAAGACGUCUUCAAGCACAAUGCUUGGGACCACGUGCAAUGGGACGAGGAGCAGGAACUGGCAGCCCAGGCGGCGGUGGCCAAGAACUCAGCCAACAAGAUGAACCAGGAGGACAAGGAUCGCUUUCAGUCAGACGCUCCAAAGUUCUGGGACUCGUUUUAUGGGAUACACGACAACCGUUUCUUCAAGGAUCGUCACUGGCUUUUCACCGAGUUUCCUGAGCUGGCUCCUCUAGAAACGAAAACCUCUCAGGUUCCUCAGCCUUCCCGCAGCAUCUUCGAGUUGGGCUGCGGCGUUGGCAACACCAUUCUUCCCCUGCUACAGUAUAGCGCUGAAGAGAAUCUGAAGGUCUUUGGCUGUGACUUUUCGGCAAGAGCAAUCGAAAUCCUCCAGAGUCAACCACAGUUUGAUGCGAAACGCUGCCAGGUAUUUGUUAUGGACGCCACUCUGGACCAGUGGCAGGUACCUUUCGAGGAAAACUCGCAGGAUAUUAUAGUAAUGAUCUUCGUCCUGUCGGCCAUUGAACCCAAGAAGAUGCAGCGGGUGCUGGAGAACUGUUAUCGCUACCUGAAGCCUGGAGGUCUGCUUCUGUUUCGUGACUAUGGCAGAUAUGACUUGGCGCAGCUGCGUUUCAAGACGGGCAAGUGCCUCGAAGAUAACUUCUAUGUACGAGGUGAUGGAACAAUGGUGUACUUUUUCACUGAGGAGGAGCUGCGGGAUAUGCUGACCAAGGCGGGACUGCAAGAGGAGCAACUUAUAGUGGACAGACGGUUGCAGGUCAACCGCGGCAGGGGCUUGAAGAUGUAUCGUGUUUGGAUUCAGACAAAGUUUCGAAAGCCUCUAUAGUUCUUUAGUUCUAAAACUCUUACUAGACCAUUGUGCUGUCCUCUUACUUUAAGUACAAAACUUAUUUUAUUAUAAAAAUGUUUAGUUAAUAAAGUGCAGAUAUUAUAAAGCCCGGCUUGAAUUUAAAUUAUUCUCCAAUUAACGCUGCUUUUCUAUCGACAAGGAAAAGCUUCUCGCUGGAAAAGGAAUUCGCCUUCGUCCAUCCAGCGAGCUUUUUCCCCAAAUACACAUAACAGUUAGGAAAGCUGCAAGUUUUCCCAGUUGGCUAAAAACGUCCUGCCGUGACAGUUCCAGUGCGCCGAGCCAGAGCAAUAUCCUUCGAAAGGCUGUCGUGGCAACAUACACACUUUCACAUACACAUCCAGAACCAGAUCCAGAUCCAGCCGAUACCCCCGUGGAGUGGAGUGAAAAUUCAUUGACGAUUGGGGGGCGAAAAAGCUCUGGCCAAAAGCGAGUGAGAAAAGGGCAAACAGGAGCGAGAGCGAUAGCGAAAGCGAAAGCAAAAGCGCAACCCUCGACAACAAAAACAACGAAGCGAGUUCAGCUGCACCACCCACACCAUACCACCAC